AGAUAUGGCUCGUGGUGACCAUUAAGAUGAUGAUGAUGACUUCAUGGAGCCACCGCCACGGAAUCGUGGCGAUGAGAAGAAGAAGCGUCAGCGCAAUAGGGCUUCGCAAGAACGCCUGACUAUACUGACAAAGGGAUUUACUGAUGAGCAGAAGGGAGCUGCCGGUGAGAUGGGUAUGCAGGCUCUGAUGAAGGUUCGGUGCACGAACCUAGUAAACCCUGUAUGCGACUGGCUCGGUGAGAUAUAUGAGCCUGCGUCUAGGGAAUUCAUGAUUCCGGGACGUGAAAGACUGCCUUUGAAUGAGGAAUCUGUGUUCUGCACUUUGGGUGUCCCCCGUGGAGAAAUCAAAGUCCCUUAUGAGGUGAACAAUAAGAUUGAGGAAGCUUGGUUUGCCCGUUUGUUUCCUGGAAUGGCAUCCAUGCCUAAUACGACUGUGCUAGCAACUUCGCUGGAGGGGAUGACAACCCAUGGCGAGGUUUUUAAGAUGAAGCUGCUCAUGUACUUGAUCUCGGCUGUAUUUGCGCCUACCACAUCUCUCCGCCCAAGCAACAAGUGCUCCCCUAUCCUGGCGAAGCUAAAAGAUGUUAAAACAUGAACUGGUGUAAAUUCAUUGCCGACUUCCUGAAUGAUGCAUUCUCAACUAUGAUGUACCAAAAGGGAUGUCG